CAACUUUAACGGACAUGCGCGUUGGCGGCAGGUUUGCAAGUUGUUCACUUCCUGUUUCCGAUUGAAGCAACAAGCCGGUAAAACUGGCCAAAGUGUUGGGUUUCAACUUUAACCACUCGAGCAAGAAAACCUACAAACAAAGUUCCACGGCUUGAGGAAUUCUUGGAUUAAUGUGGACCCCAGAAAUCACCAGAAAUGGCGUACCAUCACUGGCAGAAGCUGAACAUCAAGCAGAGUGGGGUGGACGACAUGACGCUCCUCCCCAAGAUCCAGGAGUCUUCCAUCGUCGACAAUCUCAAGAAGAGGUUCAUGGAUGACCUCAUCUAUACAUACAUCGGUCCAGUGCUGAUCUCUGUCAACCCCUUCAAACAGAUGCCUUAUUUCACAGAGAGGGAGAUAGAACUAUAUCAGGGAGCUGCUAUCUAUGAGAACCCUCCUCACAUCUAUGCCUUAGCAGACGACAUGUUCAGGAACAUGCUCAUUGACAAUGAAAAUCACUGUGUUAUCAUCAGUGGAGAAAGUGGUGCAGGGAAAACAGUAGCAGCCAAGUACAUCAUGAACUAUAUAGCCAAGGUUUCAGGUGGAGGGGCAAGGGUACAGCAUGUUAAAGACAUCAUUCUCCAGUCCAACCCUUUGCUGGAGGCAUUUGGGAAUGCCAAGACAGUUCGUAACAACAACUCCAGCAGAUUUGGGAAGUACGUAGAGAUCCAGUUUGACAGGGGAGGAGAGCCUGAUGGGGGGAAAAUAUCCAACUUUCUGUUAGAAAAGUCAAGAGUUGUUGGUCAAAAUGAAAAUGAGAGAAACUUCCAUAUAUUCUACCAACUGCUAGCUGGGGCAACAAACGAACAAAGAGAACAACUUGGACUGACCGACCCAGAGUACUACUACUACCUGAACCAGAGCGGUGCGUACAAGGUCGAUGGUACUGAUGACAGACAAGAGUUCCAGGAUACAAUGAAUGCAAUGGAUGUGAUUGGGAUCUCCCCGGAGGACCAGGACAAUGUGCUGAUGCUGGUGGCAGGAGUUCUGCAUCUAGGCAACAUCCAGUUCAGGGAGGAGGGCAACUACGCUGCUGUGGAGAACGAUGAAUUCCUGUCCUUCCCUGCCUACCUCCUCAGUGUUGACCCGGAGGCCCUGCGGCUCAAGCUGACCAGUAGGGUCAUGGACAGCAAGUGGGGAGGCAGGUCGGAGUCGGUUAAUGUCACACUGAACGUGGAGCAGGCCAACUAUGCAAGGGACGCCCUGGCCAAAACCCUGCACUCACGAGUCUUCGACUUCCUGGUGGCAGCUAUCAAUGGAGCUAUGCAGAAAGACUACGAGGAAUUGGUGAUAGGAGUUUUGGACAUUUACGGCUUUGAGAUCUUCCAGAGAAAUGGGUUUGAGCAGUUUUGCAUCAACUUUGUCAAUGAGAAGCUACAGCAGAUCUUCAUCGAGCUGACAUUGAAGGCUGAGCAGGAAGAGUAUGUGCAGGAGGGGAUCAAAUGGACUCCUAUCGACUACUUCAAUAACAAGAUUGUGUGUGACCUCAUAGAAAGCAAGAACCCUCCUAUGAUCAUGGCGGUCCUGGACGACGUGUGCGCUACCAUGCAUGCGGUGAGUGAGGGAGCAGACGAGAAGCUUCUACAGAAGCUCCAGGCCUCGGUGGGAACACACCAGCACUACAACGGCUUCAACACCGGCUUCGUCAUACACCACUAUGCAGGGAAGGUGACCUACGAUGCUGAUGGGUUUUGUGAUAAGAACCGGGAUGUUCUGAACGUGGACCUGAUCCAGCUGAUGCAGUCCAGUGAGAAUAGUUUCAUGGCAGCAUUGUUUCCUGAUGAUACUGGUGGACGGGGACGCCCCACCACAGCAAGCUACAAGAUCAAGACCCAAGCCAACAAGCUGGUGGAUUCUCUGACAAAAUGUGUUCCCCACUACAUCAGGUGUAUCAAACCCAACGAAACCAAGAAACCCAAGGACUGGGAGGACAGCAGAGUGAAGCAUCAGGUGGAAUAUCUGGGGCUGAAGGAGAACAUCCGUGUGAGACGGGCAGGCUUUGCCUACAGGAGGGAGUUUGACAAGUUUCUCAGGAGAUAUGCAAUCCUGACUCCUGAGACCUGGCCACAGUGGCGUGGACCCCCGCAACAGGGCAUCCACCAUCUCAUGCGCUCUGUCAACAUGGAGUCUGACCAGUACCAGCUCGGACACACAAAGGUCUUCAUCAAGAACCCAGAAUCUUUGUUCCUUCUGGAGGAGUUGAGGGAGAGAAAGUUUGAUGGCUAUGCCCGAGUCAUCCAGACGGGCUUCAGGAAGUACAUCGCCCGCAAGAAGGCUCAGCAGAUGAAAGAACAAGCUGCUGAUCUGUUGUACAACCAGAAGGAGCGGCGCAGGUUCAGCCUCAACAGGAACUUUGUUGGUGACUACAUCGGGCUAGCAAACAAGCCUGCCCUCAGGGCACUGCUGGCCAAGAGAGAAAGGAUAGAAUUUUCAGACACUGUCAACAAAUAUGACAGGAGAUUCAAGCCUGCUAAACGGGACAUGCUGCUGUCAGCCAAGUACCUGUACCUGAUCGGAAGAGAAGUGGUGAAGAAGGGUCCUGAGAAAGGUCAGCAGAAGGAGGUCAUCAAACGGAAACUGGGCCUGGAGAUGAUCACAUCAGUGUCACUCAGCCCUCUGCAGGAUUCCUUCUUUGUGCUGCACAUCCAGGACGACUAUGACAGUCUUCUGGAGUCCGUCUUCAAGACAGAGUUUCUCAUGAUCCUGGCAGAGAGGUUUGAGAAAAUCUGUGCCAGGAAACUCCCAAUCAACUUCAGCAACUCGAUUGAGUUUACAAUCAAGAAGGAAGGUUGGGGAGGAGGCGGAAAGAGACACAUCAACUUCAGCUCUGGGACAGGAGACCAGCCGACUCUGAAAGCAUCCAGCAAAGUCCUCAGUGUGUCCAUAGGAGCUGGGCUGCCCAAGAGCUCACGGCCAGGAGUAAGGCAGGUCACGCAGGGCACACGAGGAGGUCACGCCGCCCGCAGAGCACCAGCACCAUCACACAUGGGGGGGAGAGCCCCCGCUCCAUCACCCAUGACUGGCAGGCCACAGAUGCCUCUCCCGCAAAGCGGCAGACCUCCAGCACCCCUGCCAACAAGUGGUAGACCCCCAGCACCCCUCCCCACCAGUGGUAGAGCCCCAGCACCCCUACCAACAAGUGGUAGGUUCCCACCACCCAUGGGUCGAGCGCCACCCCCACCAACAGUGGCUGCGCCACCCCCUCCAACAGGCAACAUCCAGAAUGGAGCAGUACCAGGCUCAGACAUCAGAGCCAGACAAGCCCGGUUCCAGAGGACGACGUCCGUAGAACACCCAAAGAUGCCCGCGGUCGGUGCCCAGAGGAUGGCACGGCAGGCCUCCAAGUCUAAGGAACUGGACGAGUUUCUCAGAAGAACCCCCGAGGCGGGACAGGCGGGUGCCCACAGGCGAAGUAUUGAGACCAAAGUGAGGCCAAACAUUGCUCCCAACAAACCCAAGCCCAAACCAAAACCCAAGCCGUCCCUACCCCAGUGCAAAGCAUUGUGGGCUUACGAUGCACAGGACACUGAUGAGCUGAGCUUCAAUGCUGAUGAUGUCAUUGAGAUUGUGAAUGAAGAUGCCUCUGGUUGGUGGCGCGGAAGGAUACGAGGAAAAGAGGGACUAUUUCCCGGCAACUAUGUACAGAAAGUCUGAUCACACAUACACAGUCUUCCUGCUUGGUGACUGCAUUAAAUUCAUUUUGCAGUCAUUGCGUGAAAUACUUUAGCUAGGUAGAGCUGAUAUUGUAUUGAAUUCUAUGUUGAAUAGUUUGUGAGACUGGGUGUGAUUUGAUAGAAUAUUUUUAGAUUAUGGACAAGCCAUGUGUACACAGAGGUAUUACAGUUAUGUGCUUUCUGUCUGUAGUUAUUUUUAAUUAGCAAAGGUUUUGUAUUUUCCAUUCCCUGUCAUUUUACAUGAAAUGACAUAAAAUCAUUUUCCUUCCAUCAACACCACACUUUACCUGUCACAGUAGACAGUGGAUUCACAGUUUUUGUGCUGCAGGCAGCAUUUCUGAGUUUUCAUAUUGUUAAUGAUAUUACAUUUGUUUUUUUGGAGUGAAUUAUUUUAAGAGAGCAUGUAAGCCUUCUCAAGUAAAGGGCUUUGGCCUCUCCAGGUCACAGCAUUCAAACAGCACCAUCAGCUUCAAUAGUUGUUUCUCAGAAGAUAGUAGGAUUCCAUGGAAUUUUUGCAAGCCAAGUGUGGUAAGAUUUCCUCAUUAUUUUCUUCAGGUUGUUUUAAACCUACGACUUCUAACUUCACAACAUACCUGUACACAUUUGGUAAUAUAUAGCAUCCAUAGAGUACUAGUGGUUAACAAAAUCCAAUACUAUUACUAUCAAACUGUUUUGGCUUGCUUUGUUUUUUGUUUUAAUUUCAAAUGUUAACAUACAUUGCACAUGUAUACAAGUUAAAGAUAUAUAAAGUUUAGGAACCCUAUAAGGUCAUGCUACGUAAAACCCAAAGGGACGCCCAUUUCCGACUACCAAUGGUUUGACAUGCAUAAUUCAGAUGUACUGUCAUGCAAUGUUCACUUGUGUUGUUUUUAAAAUGCACUAUCCUACUGCAUAGGCCAGGUAUUAUUGAAGAUAGAAUUUGAUUUAGUUAUAGAAUAUAGCUAUGGAAUUGGUGUCAGACUAUGCAGACUAUGAUAUAUGUAGCAUCAAGAGAUUGGAAAUUUCAUGAUGUAAAAGACAAGUGCUUUGAUGUGUGUUUGCACACAAUACAUGUAUAUUCCCUCCACUGCCAGCACAUAAACAGUUUCCCACAUGCACACAAAUUUUGACCAUGUUUUAUAGAUGAAUUUUAUGUGAAGAUCGUAACUAUUUAAUGGUAAUGUAAAAUAUUAUUAGUCCUAGCUAUAUAAGAGCAGCAAAAUUUUACCCAAAUUCUACCCUUUCAGACUCCAUGAGUUGCAAGAAUAACAGUCAGUGUAGAAGUUGGCCAAAUAUCGGUUGAUGAGGAGUGUGCCAGCUAUAGAGUUACCAUUUGCAACCAUCAGUUGAACGGAUUGUUCUCCAAGACAACUCAUGUCCCCCGACCAUUUACCUAUCUUUUGACCAAUUUCUACAACUUUUUUUCAAAUUGACAGAAAGGUCUGAUAGAGGCUACCCAAACUCGUUAAUCUCCCUGUCCAAAGCUCAAUGAAGAUGCCACCAUAUUUCAGGGAUCUUACAUGUACCUUACCUAGUCCCAUGACUGACACUGGUCGUCAGGAGGACAAGGCAGCCUUAUUACAUGUACAUUGACUCUUCAGACACAGAGCUGUAUAUACAAUUUAGAAGUGAAUAUUUUCCUUGAUCAUCUUUGAUUACCAU